UUACGAACAUUCAUCAAUCAUAACUCAAUAUCCAAGUCUCAUCAUAUCAGACACAGAAAAGUGUUUUAGCUAAGCUCAAAGUGUUUGCUUAGAAGAAGAAGAUAAAGAUGGCGUCUUACCAGAACAGACCCGGAGCUCAGGCCACUGACGAGUACGGAAAUCCGAUCCAGCAGCUGGACGAGUUUGGAAACCCGAUUGGCGGUAGAGGAUAUGGGACAGGUGGUGGUGUAGGAGCUACCGGAGGAGGAGGUUACGGAACAGGUGGAGGAGCCACUGGUGGAACUUACGGGACAGGUGGUGAAGGAUACGGGGUUGGAUCUGGAGCAUUGGGAGCUGGCGCAGGAGGUAGACACCACGGCCAAGAGCAACUCCAUAAGGAAAGUGGUGGUGGUGGCUUGGGAGGAAUGCUUCACCGCUCUGGAUCCGGAUCCAGCUCUAGCUCGGAGGAUGAUGGACACGGUGGGAGGAGGAAGAAGAAGGGAAUAACAGAUAAGAUCAAGGAGAAGUUGCCAGGUCACCAUGAUCAGUCUGGUCAAUCUCAAGGCAUGGGGAUGGGAACUACCACCGGUUAUGACGAGGGAGGCUAUGUCGGUGAACGCCACGAGAAGAAGGGAAUGAUGGAAAAGAUCAAGGAAAAGCUUCCCGGCGGCGGUGGUGGUCAUCAUUAAGCAAUUAUACAAGUUAAACUUUGGGACAAACGAGUAUGCAUAUAUAUAUAUAAAUUAAAAUAAGGAAAGUUCGUAACACAGUGUCAUCCGGACCUUUUACUUUUAGGUGUGCGUGUGUGUGUGUUCAUGUGUGUACGUCCUUCGAUGUGUUAUGGCUUAAUGAGUGUACAAGGGAGCAUUGUUUGGCUCUUUUUAUGUUCUUAAGAUCUAUGUACGGUACAGUAUUCUGUAUUUUCAUAUCUCUAUAUAUAGAUAUAUAUCUAUCUA